GUUCUCUCAAGCGAGCCUCUGACGAUGGCUAAUAAUCAAGCAAGCCUUCUUCUGCAGAAACAGCUUAAAGAUCUGUGUAAGAAACCUGUUGAUGGUUUCUCUGCUGGGCUCGUUGAUGAGAAGAACGUCUUCCAAUGGAGCGUCUCUAUUAUGGGUCCUCCUGAUACUCUGUAUGAAGGUGGUUUUUUUAAUGCAAUUAUGACGUUUCCACCGAAUUAUCCAGUUGAACCACCAACUGUGACGUUCACCUCGGAGAUGUGGCAUCCUAAUGUUUAUUCUGAUGGAAAAGUUUGCAUUUCUAUUCUUCAUCCUCCUGGUGAUGAUCCUCAUGGAUACGAGCUUGCCUCAGAACGUUGGACCCCUGUCCAUACGGUAGAAAGCAUUGUGUUGAGUAUCAUAUCGAUGCUCUCAGGUCCCAACGACGAGUCACCAGCGAAUGUGGAAGCUGCAAAGGAAUGGAGAGACAACAGAGCAGAGUUUAGGAAGAAAGUGAGUCGCUGUGUCAGAAAAUCGCAAGAGAUGCUAUGAACAUCUCUCCUGCGUUUUUUUUUGGUGUUGUAGAAAUAUCGAUUCUAAUCUUAUGAGAAAGCGUAAGCAGAACAAUCUUCAAGCAGCAGCCAGAUGAAUCUGACUUUCAAAAGCUUCUCUUUUUUCUUUUCUUUUUUCUGGUUUUGUUUUUGGGUCGUCUUUAAGGUUUGGAAUAUUGGGGUGGAAUCAAAUCCACUCCAUAUU